AACCUUUCACUACAAUGAUAAAGAAAUAAAUAAAUACCACCAAUUUAUUGACAAAGAAUCUUUCACCAAAAAUAAAAAUAUAAUUAAUCAAAAAUUUUCAUCUGAGCAAACAUUAUACAUAGAAAGCUCAGACCUUUCGAUAGAUUACUUAAACGAUAUCACCAUCGAAGACGAUUAUAAAAAAAAAUUAAUUAAAUCAUUUAAUUACUAUUUGAAAAAAGACCAAAUUAAUUAUAAAAGCUUGGAAAUAGAUGACUUAAAGAUUCCAAAAUAUUUAAACGACCCACUAUGUAGUGAGAUAAAUUCUUUACAACGAAGAAAUUUGGUUGAUCUGUUCAUUCAUAUCCAGCAUUUUAUCAAGGAAUUCUUGAAUAAAAAUGACCUUGAUCAUACUCUCCUGAAAAUAAUGAGAACGACUGCAAUCAAUCUUGGAAUAUGUUAUGUUCAUCAAAGAAAUAUAAUUAUUGGUGAUGAGACCUUUGGAAAA